AUGGCAGCACAGAGCCUCAUGUGCGGACACCAGGAUGUCAUGGUUGCUGGGGGUAUGGAGAGCAUGUCUAAUGUACCAUUCCUGAUGCCAAGGGCUGAACCUACGUAUGGAGGGCAACGUAUUGAGGAUGCGAUCGUCAAAGAUGGGCUGACGGAUGUGUACAACAAGAUUCACAUGGGUAACUGUGGGGAAGACACGGCCAAGAAACUGGACAUCUCCAGAGCAGAGCAAGAUGAGUUUGCUAUCAGCUCCUACAAGAAGAGCCAGACCGCAGGGGCAGCCGGUAUCUUCCAAAAAGAGAUUGAUCCUGUCAACGUACCGCAGAGAAGGGGAAAGCCAGAUGUAGUUGUGUCAGAGGACGAGGAGUACAACCGAGUCAAUUUUGACAAGUUCACCUCCCUCAAGGCGGUCUUUGAGAAGGAUGGCACAGUAACGGCAGCUAAUUCCAGCACGCUGAAUGAUGGUGCUGCUGCGAUGGUUCUCAUGACAUCACAGGCAGCAGACAGACUCGGCGUCAAACCACUGGCUAGAAUCCUAGGUUUUGCUGAUGCAGCUGUCGCACCCAUCGAGUUCCCAAUUGCACCUGCCCAUGCCAUGCCAAAGGUCCUGGAGCAGACGGGAGUCAAGCUGGAGGACAUCUCCAUGUUUGAGAUCAACGAGGCCUUCAGUGUUGUCGUCUUGGCCAACAUCAAGCUCCUUGGACUGGACGCCAGUAAAGUCAACAUCAACGGGGGAGCGGUCAGCAUGGGGCAUCCAAUAGGGAUGUCAGGGGCUAGGAUUACCGGCCACAUGGUCCACAACCUCAAGCCUGGGGAGAAAGGCCUUGGAGGGAUCUGUAAUGGAGGGGGUGGAGCUUCAGCCAUUCUGAUUGAGAAAUUGUAG